GAACUCGUUUCCUCACGGAUUAUUUUUGUUGAUGCGCUCCGACACUUAAAACGCUGUAAUGAACAUGCAGUGUAACGACUUUUAACGGUAAAUGUCCGUGUUGAAAAGUUAUAUAAAGUCAGAGUAGCUGCCACUGACUCAUUUGAAGUCUGAAAAACCACUACAGCUAAAAUGUCUGACUGGUGUCCGAUAGCGAAAGACUACAACCCCCUGAAAGCUGGCAGCAUCGACGGGACAGACCUGGAGCCCCAUGACCGGGCGGUAUGGAGGGCCAUGUCUGCCCGCUACAAGCCCAACAAGGGCGUCGUUGGCGACCCGCUGCUCACAUUGUUUGUGGCCCGCUUGAACCCCCAGACAACUGAAGACAAGCUGCAGACAGUGUUCUCAAAAUAUGGAGACAUACGCCGGCUCCGACUUGUUCGGGACAUCGUUACGGGUUUCUCCAAAGGAUACGCCUUCAUAGAGUACAAGGAGGAGCGGUACGUGAGUCGGGCCCGCCGGGACGCCGACAAGCUGGUGGUGGACCAGCACGAAGUGUUCGUGGACUUCGAGCAGGAGAGGACCCUCAGAGGAUGGGUGCCGCGGCGUCUCGGGGGCGGGUUGGGCGGCAAAAAGGAGUCCGGACAGCUGCGUUUCGGCGGCAGGGACAGACCCUUCCGCAAACCGAUAAACCUCGGUCCCGGGGCCACGCAGGAGCGAGGACCGGGGGAUAGAGACCGAGGAGAACCGAGAGUCAGAGGGGACAGACGCCGGUACGGAGAGAGCGACUGGGGCAGCAGAGACAGGAGAGAUUACCGGGAGAGAGACAGGGGUGAUCGCAGACACAGAGACUGGAGAUGAUGAUGAUGAUUAUGAUGAUGUUUAUAGGCAUUUUCGGCUGUAAAGAACAGACAUUUCAACUGAUUUCGGAUUGCUUUACCUGAUAUGCAAUAAUUUCCAUUCUCCCUUUUUAAAAACAUUUUUUUGUUGUUAAAAAUACUUAUUGGGCUCUUCAAACUCAAUAGGAGUCCAAUUAUAUUUAGGGUAUAAUUGCACCUUGUACAUUACAUCCAAGUUGUCCACAUGCAAAGAAGUAAAAGUUUAUUUUUCAAUUCGGCAAGUCAGAACCAA